CCGUGCUCUCCGGGGAAAACUGGCAGCUCUGCUUCUGAGCCUCACACAAGCGAGAAGCGCGUACAUGUGCUGCGCAAAGCGUUCUGCGCAGCGCAUAUACGCACUUCUCGCUUGUAGGGGUUCUGAAGCCGGGAGCUCGGUAGAAAACAUUGCAUCACUAGUUAAAGGUGUAAACAGAUUUUCUAACCUCUAAAAUUGUCAUUUUGGCUCAUUAUUUUUUUUAUGGUGACGAGCAAUUUUAAUUAUCGUGCAAACUUAUCUUAUGUAAUUUCCACGUAAAACGUGGAAUUAUUUUUUAAGUUAUUUGGCUGCUGUUCUUUAUUUAAUGGGUAAGCCGAAAGAUAUAAGUACAGAAGAAGAUGUAAAUUUAGAUACAAGUGACGUUCCAUCGCAGAAAAGGCAUAAAAAACAUAAACAUAAAAAGCACAAAAAGAAAAAGCUCAUGCAUGAUGAUAGCGAGGCUCUUGUUGACAUCUCAUCUGAAAAGAAAAAGAUAAAAAUGAAAAAAGAAGAUGAAAGAAGUUUGGAGAAACGUGAAAAGGUAUUGAAAACAUUGAGUAUACCUACAAUGAGUACUGCACCUUCUCCAAAAGCUACUGUAAAAAAGAAAAUGCCAAAAAGCAAUAAGGGUAAAGAUAGUGGAACCAGCAGUGAAGAAGAAAGAUGGCUUGAUGCUAUCGAGUCUGGUAAACUUGAAGAGGUUGAUGAUGAAUUAAAAAAAAUUAAGCCAAAGGAUCCCAAAUUAAUGACAGCUCGACAAAGAGCAAUGUUUGAGAGAAAAACUGAUACGGAGACAAAUUCAAGUGUUGAACAACUGAUGUCAUUGCCAACUGGUUACAAAGAAAAAGUCAUGACUGCAGAAGCUAUACAGAAGGCUGCUCUAAAAUCUCUAAAGCGAAAACAACUUGCUGAUGAAAAAAGAGAAAAGGAUAAAAAAAAGACAAUGGAAAGAUUACUUAAAAAGCAAGAAUCUAAAGCAUCCAAAGUGAUCAGUAAAGGAAGAUUAUCUAGGCGACAGGUGCCAUUGGUAACAUAUCGAUUAACAGUCGAAGGAAGUUCUAUAUCUUUACCACCUGGUGAGGAUUUUCCACUUUCUCCCACCAAAGAGAAAAGUCAACCAAAACAAAUUCUUUGUGGUAUAAAACAAUGUAAAAAUCCAAAAAGAUAUUCAUGUUCAAAAACUGGAGUACCAUUAUGUAGUUUAAAAUGUUACAAAGCUAAUCUCUUUUUAACUAUGUAAAUAUUAUAUAAAUAAUUUUAAAGCGUUUCGAUUAAAAAGCUUAGUUUAUAGAAUUAUAUAUAUAUAUAGUUUAGUUAAAAUUGUCAGCUUGUUUAUAUUGCUACGAUUAACAAUUUAGUUUGAUAUGAAACUGUUCAUCGAUUUCGAUACAUAAAAGAAGUAUGAAAUAUCAUUAUUUACAAUAAAGAAUAGAACGAACUUUCGAAAAGAACUCUUCAACAAUUGUCAUAUAAUUUUAGUAACAAAAGUUACAUUCUUUAUUGUAAAUGAUGUUUUUUUUCAUAUUUUCUGUAUCAUACCAAAUUGAAUUUUGUGUAUAUGUGUAUGUGUGUGUUAUUAUUUCAUUCAUUUUUUUCUGAUAUAUUAUAUCCUAGAAUUCACAAUUAGCUUUGUUAACAGCAUUGUUGAGAAUAAGUUUUACAAAAAAUUUUGAUAUAGUUUUAAAAUUUUAAAACUG